CCCGUGGGGGGCCCCUCGCGCCCGGGGCCGCCGCUGGCGAUGACCGGAGAGAAGCUGCGCUCGCUGCGCAGGGACCACAAGCCCAGCAAGGAGGACGGGGGCCUGCUGGCGCCCGGCGAGGAGGAAGCCGCGCCCGCGCCCGGCGGGGGAGGCGCCUUCAAGGGCGGCCGCGCGGGCAGCCACCGCAUCUUCGCCAACCACCACCACCACCGGCUGCCGCUCAAGGGGGGGUCCGGGGGGGCGGCCCCCGCCGCCAGCCCCGAGCCGGACCAGUGCUCGGCGGCGCGCUUCCCCGUCCACGAGUGCGUCUUCAAGGGGGACGUGAGGCGCCUGUCGGCCUUGAUCCGCACGCAGGGCAUCGGCCAGAAGGACAGCCACGGGAACACUCCUUUACACCUUGCUGUGAUGUUGGGACAUAAAGAAUGUGCCCACUUGCUUCUGGCUCACAAUGCUCCUGUGAAAGUGAAAAAUGCUCAGGGAUGGAGUCCUCUUGCAGAAGCCAUCAGCUAUGGAGAUCGACAAAUGAUUACAGCACUCCUAAGGAAACUGAAACAACAGUCUAGGGAAAGUGUUGAAGAAAAGCGACCUCGAUUAUUAAAAGCCCUGAAAGAGCUAGGUGACUUCUAUCUUGAACUUCACUGGGAUUUUCAAAGUUGGGUGCCUUUACUUUCCCGAAUUCUGCCUUCUGAUGCAUGCAAAAUAUACAAACAAGGUAUAAAUAUCAGGCUCGACACGACUCUCAUAGACUUUACAGACAUGAAGUGCCAACGAGGGGAUUUAAGCUUCAUUUUCAAUGGUGACGCUGCACCCUCUGAAUCCUUUGUAGUUUUAGACAACGAACAAAAAGUUUACCAACGAAUACAUCAUGAGGAAUCUGAAAUGGAAACAGAAGAAGAAGUUGACAUUUUGAUGAGCAGUGAUAUUUAUUCAGCAACGUUAUCAACCAAAUCAAUUACUUUCACACGUGCCCAGACAGGAUGGCUAUUCCGAGAAGACAAAACAGAAAGGGUAGGAAACUUCUUGGCAGACUUCUACCUGGUUAAUGGGCUUGUGCUAGAAUCAAGGAAAAGACGAGAGCAUCUCAGUGAGGAAGAUAUUCUUCGAAAUAAGGCUAUCAUGGAAAGCUUGAGCAAAGGUGGAAACUUAAUGGAACAAAAUUUUGAGCAGCCUGUCAGAAGGCAAUCUCUUACACCGCCACCACCCAACACAAUCACGUGGGAGGAAUACAUAUCUGCUGAAAAUGGAAAAGCACCUCAUUUGGGUCGGGAACUGGUUUGCAAAGAAAGCAAGAAAACAUUUAAAGCUACAAUAGCCAUGAGUCAAGAAUUUCCUCUAGGAAUUGAAUCGUUAUUGAAUGUUUUAGAAGUAAUUGCACCCUUCAAGCACUUUAACAAACUGCGAGAGUUUGUGCAGAUGAAGCUUCCACCAGGCUUUCCUGUAAAGUUAGACAUACCUGUGUUUCCUACCAUCACAGCCACUGUGACUUUUCAGGAGUUUCGUUACGAUGAAUUUGAUGAAUCAAUCUUCACAGUCCCUGAUGAUUACAAGGAGGACCCUAGCCGUUUUCCUGAUCUUUAACUUAACUGGAAAGUUAACAGUGAAUAAAGAAUACCAGCAUGCCACAGUGAAAGAGCGGAUGCAGAUAGCCCACAGACGUUUGUCUGGAAGUGGGUGAAAUUGGAAGGGAUAAACUUGCUUAAAUGAAUUCAGAAAGGGAACACGCGGUGAAUCUCAAUAGGUUGUACUAUAUAGCAAGCAUCCACCUAGUGUCUAAACGACAGCAGAUAUCCUGAUGUGUCACUUGCAUUUUUAUACAUCCUGCAAGCAUGGUAGCCUGGCACCUCGGAGACCCCC